AUGCACGACGACACACCCAAGUCGCAAGGCGACCCUCAGAGCCCUUGGCCUUGCUGCAGUGUAUCUACCUUGUACGAUGUCGAAGUUCCUUCAGAGACUCCGGCAUACGCAGUUCUGUCUGGAAACUUGACUCAGACGCGGGAAUUGGCGGCUGCUGGGGCCUACACUCGCCCGUCUGAUGCAUGGACGAUCUACCAGGCAUGCCUUCAAGGUCACCCAAUGAUCCAGGCACUCUCUGCGAAUCCGGCAGUAGAUCUAAACCCAGUAAUUCUGGGGCAGAUGGGCGACCGGGUCUUCCACUUCCUUCUUCGCACCUCUCAUAGCCACUUCCUGGGCAAUAAACCAGAGGUUCUUAGACAGCUUAUCUGGCACGGCAUCGACCCUCUACAGACCGACCGCCUUGGCAACAAUGCACUCCACAUCAUAGCGGGGUUGCCAACGGAUCAAGAGAGUCUUCAACUGAUGGAGCUUCUGCUGGGAGACAAUGCACCGAGCGUUAUCCGUGCUUGCUGCAUGUCUAACAUUGAUCGCGGAAACGGUCUCGAUGAUGCGGGCGAACGUGGCGACACUGCAUUGCACAUCGCCGUCUUUAACGAUAACGAGUCCUGCGUGAAGCUUCUUCUGGAACGUGGGGCCAGUCCACACUCUGAAGGUCUGUCUAACAAGACUCCGCUGUAUUUUGCGAUGGAGAGGAAUCACAUUGGCAUUGUUCACUUGCUCCUCGAGCACGGCGCGAUUGUGGAGGCAGACAUGCUCGCGCAGUCGCCAUGGCUGGCGGCUGAAGUUACUUCCUAA